AUGCAAACCAUUGUACUGUUGGUGCUGUGGGCACUGGGAACAUCGUUGGUGUUGCCAGACCCUGACACAGGGGGUGAGAAAGUGACUGAGGAGCCUAUUCCAUGUUCAAAAGGAUGCACAUGCCUACAUGACGACUACAGCUUAGAGCUCAAUGUGUACUGCAGUGCACGUAACUUAACGCAAGUACCAUCUGACAUGCCUGUCUCCACACAUGCCCUCUGGCUGGAUGCCAACUUAUUUACCUCUCUCCCAGCGGGCGCAUUUAAGGAUCUUACCAAUCUGGACUUUCUGAAUCUACAAAGCGGCCAGCUUGUGACGCUUGACCCUCAGGUGUUCAAAGGGCUCAGGUCGCUAGCUCACAUACACCUUGAACGCAACCGCCUCCGGUCAUUACCAGGUACAAUUUUCCAGAACACACCUAACCUCGCUUCCCUCAGUCUCCAUAAUAACCAGCUAUCGCGCAUUGAGGAGAGGCUGUUUACUGGCCUCUCGCAUAUGUGGCUUCUAAACCUGGGGUGGAACUCCUUAGCAGUCCUGCCAGAGACAGCUUUCCAUGACCUACAUGGCCUACGUGAGCUGGUCCUGGCAGGGAACCGACUGGCCUACUUGCAGCCGCAGCUCUUUCAAAGUCUCACUGAACUUAAAGAGUUGGAUCUGACGGGAAAUUACCUUAAGGUCAUCAAAGCUAAUGUGUUUCUGAAACUCCCGAAACUGCAAAAGCUCUACCUCGCUCAGAAUCAGAUUGUCACGGUGGUACCAAGGGCAUUUGUAGGCAUGAAGUCACUCAGGUGGUUGGACCUCACAAACAAUAGGAUAACAACUCUCCACGAUGAGACUUUCUUGGGUCUCCACAGUCUUCAUGUGCUGCGUCUCUCCAACAACUCCAUUGCAGGAAUAAGGCCCAGGACCUUCCGGGACCUGCAGUACUUAGAAGAGCUACGUCUCAGUUACAACAGGAUCCGUGCCCUUGGUGAGAAGGUCUUUGAAGGACUUGGUCAUUUGGAGGUGCUGGAGCUGGAGCACAACCAGCUGCAGGAGGCCCAAGUGGGCAGUUUCACAGGCCUCUCUCACGUGGCUGUCAUCAACCUGUCCGGAAGCUGUUUCCACAGUCUGCCAGACCAAGUCUUCAAAGGUCUGUCAAAGCUGCACAGUCUUCAUCUGGACAGGGGUUGUCUAACAAAGGUCACAACUCAGGCUUUUACAGGACUCUCCAGUCUAAGGCGGCUCUUCCUGCAACACAACAACAUCUCCAUGGUGGAACACCAGAGCUUUGCUGAUCUUGUAGGCCUGCUGGGAUUAGAUAUGAGUUUCAACAAUUUGGAGGCUAUCAUGAGCCACACAUUUUUUGGCCUUAAAAAUCUGGAAUACUUGCUCCUUUCCAACAAUCUUUUCCGGCAAUUUCUGCAAAAUGGCACAAAGCAGCAACUGCCAAAGCUGCGCUAUCUUGAUCUGAGAGACAAUGCUCUGACCAGCAUUUAUCCCGAUUUACCAGAGGGUUUGGAAAAGCUGUUAUUGUCAGGAAACCAGUGGCAAUGUGACUGCAGUACCCUUCCACUCAGAAACUACAGUUUGAGGAAUCCGUUGGUGAUACCUCGGCAGGUGGAGACCCAUGCAGAGGGCGAAGAGCCUGACACUACCAUCACCAUAUACAACAACAUUACGUGCAGCAGCCCACCAAGCCUUGUAGGCCGGGACCUUCGGGAUAUUGGCAAUGAACCCUUCCUUAACUGCUAAGAGGACAUGUAGCAGAUAAGGCCUUUAACAAAUAAUUAAAUGCAACCAACCAAUAGUUUGAUGGAAGAUAUAAUUUUUCAAAUUCGAGGGGACUUUAAAAGUGUUGACAUUUCAGAGAGGCUCUGAAAAAAAACCUCACUGAGAAGACAGUUUUUUUUUGUUUAAAAGAGUUCAAGCUAUAUUUAAAAAUUA